CCGAUGCCCCCACUCCCUCACCCACACGCACCCACACCCACACCCACCCCCUCCCCCCACCACCCCACCCACCCCCACACCCACACCCCACACGCCACACCCACACACUCACACCCACACCCACACCCACACCCUUGAAGAAUCAAAUAUUUACGGUCUUGUCACUCUUCAAGCACCUCCAGCUAUUCUGCCCUGUACAAGCGCACCCUUGGCAUCAAAUCGCGUUCCCGUCGAUCUUGUUUGUGUCGUUGAUCAGAGUGGAUCAAUGUUCGGCCAGAAAAUGACAUUAUUAAAAGCAACUUUAGUUUAUAUUGUUGAACAAUUGAAUGAUUUCGAUUGACGUGCUAUUAUUUCGUUUAAUGCAGCUGCUUAUAAUAUUUCACACGGACUUAAACGAAUGAAUCAACAAAAGUAAAUCAUUUCUUUUUAAGAAAAUACAUAAGCAUUUCUAGCAAAUUUUAGUCAACAAAUCUUAACGAGAGCGAUCAAUAGUGAUAUUGCUAGUCGUGGUGGUACGUACAUAGGAUGUGGGUUGCACAUGGGCAUCAAUUUGUUCACGAGUUGCCAGACCAAAACUCGAUUGAGUGCUUUACUCUUACUGACUGAUGGUGUAGAUAAUUCGAAGCAUGACUAUUCACAAUUGAUGAAAGCAUUACCAGAAGAUGUAUCUUGUCACACUUUUGGCUACGGACCUGAUCACAAUGCAGCAUUGCUCGUCGAACUGACUGAAAAAGGCAACCGAGGCGCCUUCACUUAUAUCGUAGGUUUGAUCACAUUUGAAUUCCUUUAGAUAAUUCUGUUCUAAACAGGAUCAAGAACAAGCAGUCGGUCCUGUUUUUACCAUGACUCUAGGUGGUUUGUUUAGUUGUGUUGCACAACAACUUCGAGUUAAUAUUGAAUUCAAUGGCGAGUAUAAGAUUACUCGUCUUCAUUCACAAUAUCAGCAUGAACCUGAAACAUUGCCUUCGAAGAAUAUCACAUUCAAAUUAAAUGAUAUGAAUGCCGAUGAAAAACGAAAUCUUCUUUUUCAAUUUCAUGUACCAAAAAUGGGUAACGAUGAAAAUAUCGGAAUUGUCAGUCAACAAACGAUGCCACAAGACGAACCACCAGAUGUCGAUCAACAGACUAUUGGUCAGGUGACGGUGACCUACAUAGAACCAAACAACGGUCAGACAACGACUAUCAAUCCUGUUUCAUUCCAAUUGACUCGAACGGCUCAACCACCUGCUGAUCUACUUCAAGUCAAUUACACACUCGAUAUUCAACGAAACCGAGUAGAAACGGUUCGUGAAAUCAAACGGGUAAUGCAUGAAAAUAACUAUCAACGAUCAAUUGCCAUUCUCAAAGCUCAAGUCGACAAGAUCAAAGCUAGUGUAUCUGCUCAAGAUCCAUUCUGUCAAUUAUUAGUGAAAGAUCUUGAAUAUCGCUAUCCAUCAGAACGUGACUACCGUACAUCGUAUUACAAUGCUUACGCACAACAUUCAUCUGAACGAGGCACAUAUGCACCGAGCACUAAUGCCAGUGCUCUACAGUACCAGUGCAGAUCACAGCAGCAACAGGUCAUUCACUUUCAACAACAACAGUGGUUUCCUUAUCCUCAACAACAGCUGCCACCCCCGUACAGUCAACAACAGCCUUCUGUCCAUCUCGGUCAAAUUUACGUAAAGAUGAUUGACCGUAAUCUUGCUAAUCAAUAUGCUUUUAUGAUAAUGUUUUUUUAA